CUGGUUCUGCACUAGGGCAGUCGGCUUGACACAAGGGGCCCCAACGUUCGCUUCAGGGCACGCUCGCUGUAUCUGACCACUCACCAUCGGCCAGGUUUGUCCUGAGCCUCGAGCUCUCGCUUGGGAAGUUCGGCGGCCGAUAUGUGUCGAAUCGUUCAUCCCUCGAGGGGCCAGUCCAACAACAGUUUUCCAAGACCACCACGGCUCCACUUCCUCUCCGAGUUGUAUACUCUCUGACGGUUGCGGCCUGUCUGAUCAAUUAUCUAACCCUACCCCUAAUACCAGUCCUUUACUGAGUUGGAGAAAAGGCGGGUUCCCAUGUGAUUUUUGGCAGAGUGUCGUUCGAUUGGCCCCCUGAGGGACGCGGCGGGAUUAAUGGGUUCUGAUUCCGCGUGUUGUCUGCAGCAGCUACGGAGCAGAUAUCCUCGGACGGCGGGCCCCCGUGAGGAUACGGAAGCGAGGCCCGCCUCCCCGCGUUAACACAAUCAGCCGCCGGCUGCGGCAACGUGGCAGAAGCUUCGAGCCCCGAAAUUCCGCCCCGCGUCUCCAAAGGUGUGAUGAACAGGACUGCUGGGCCGCAUAUAAACUCCAGCCUUCGCAACGCAGAACACUCAAGUGUGAACACCCAAGUGUGCUCACCCGACAAGUGUUAGUCUGAACAAUUUUCAGGGGCACCGACGUACCGAAAAGACAUUGGCCCAGUUUCCAGCAAGCAUCCUGGAGUUGCACUGUCGCCGGGAUCACACAGCCCAAGUUUCACUCUAUCGUUGGGGGUCAGGUUCAGCUGUGCAAGUCGGGUGCUUAGCCGACUUGUCCGAUCUACGACAGAGCACAGGAUCGCGGUACGAAGGGGCCAGGUCGCAGUUCCAAGACCUCUCACCAAGCAACCGAUUGGUUGUGACACGGCGUCAGACUGACAUCUGUCGUGGACCCUCUCACGGCCUGGAGAGCUGCGGCGACACCGACGCAGCCAGACACUGGAACUGUCGUCUCGUGACAGGACUCGCCCAGACUUCAACGGUCGAGCGCCCCUGACCAGUGUAACGAUUCCACUCUGUGAGACAAGAUGGCAGGCGGAAACUUUCAAGAGUGGACGGUUGAGGAACCGUACCUCAACAUCCACUGCAGGCUCGGGGAGGGACCGUACUAUGAGGAGGCUACCAAUACCUUGCGCUGGGUGGAUAUCAUGGCCCACCGAGUGCACACCGUCUCCCUUACCGAAGGACCAGAGUCGGUCAAGACCCUUCAACUGGACACACCCGUGGGUGUCACAGCGGAUGUGGAAGGUUCCGACCCCCAGGACCAGCUACUUGCCGGCCUCAAGUACGGUCUCGCCUUGCUGGAUCGCAAGACGGGCAAGUACGAGUACAUCUCUAGAUUCGCCUCGGCCGAUGGUCAGGACAAUAAGCGCUUGCGGAGCAACGACGGCGCAGUCGAUCCCCAUGGGCGCUUCUGGAUGGGCAACAUGACUGAUUUCGACGCGGGCGAAUUUCAGAACGAAGGCGGCCUUUACGUCUUUGACGCGAGGCAGAAGCCAUCGCAGGCCAAGAAGAUUGUCCCGGAUCUCAUGAUUCCGAACAGCAUCAGCUGGUCUCCCGACAAUAAGACGAUGUAUUACACAGUGUCCAAUGCUGGUAAAGUCUAUGCUUACGACUAUGACAUUACUGAUGGCAGUGUCUCAAACCAUCGCGUCUUCUAUGAUCAUGAUGGAACAGGCGGGCCCGACGGCCACCGUGUGGACAAGGACGGGAACAUAUGGCACACGAUCUAUGGUGAGAGCCGCGUUGUGAAGAUCUCACCCGAGGGCAAGCUCAUUGGCCAGAUCAACCUGCCGACCAGAAACAUCACGUGCUGCGAGUUCGUGGGCUCGACCCUCUACAUCACCACGGCGAAUGACGACGAGGGCGAGGGCAAGAGCAAGGAACUUGGAGGCGCGCUCUUCAGGGUGGACGUUGGCACCACAGGACUCGCGCCAUUCAAGUUCAAGCUUGGUGCCUAACCAGCCUGAAAUGAGAGGCAGCCCGGGAUAGGAGGCGUAUGCCUGCCUGUCUUGUCUGGUAGCGACAAGUAUUCUGGGCAUGCGCUACUCGCGCAACGACUGGGUUGCUGGUUCGUUAGCCAAGAUUGAUAUUGGAAUUCCAAUCCUCCCUUUUCUUA